AUAAUAAUAAUAAUAAUAAUAAUCUAUUAAAUUAUUAUCAAGAGUCAAAUUUCACUCACUGUCAGGAUAUAUGUUUUAGUGAUUUGAAUAAUGAUUCAUGGAAAUGGGAUCUAUUAAAUAUGUCAUCGAAUUUAUUCAAAGUAGAGACGAUCGAACCAACAAGUCAAUCAUUAUCAAUGCAUUCUUCAAUGAGUGGUUCAACAUUAUAUCCAGUUGAAAAUUUUGAAAAAGUCAAUACAAAUAUUCAGAGAACAAUUAAAGAGAAAAACAUUUUUAAUGAAUUAUCAAUACAAAAGAAUCCUGAAUAUGUCAAUCAGUCUAAUAAUAAUAAUAAUAAUAAUAAUAAUAAUAAUAAUAAUAAUAAUAAUAAUAAUAAUAAUAAUAAUCAACCAAUUGAUUUAACAAUGAAUCAUCAUCAUCACCAUCGUCAUGAGAGUCAAUUAAGUUAUGAGCAUACAACAUCAUUGUUUUAUUCAAAAAUGGAACAUAAUGCAAAUGAACAAUAUAUCAAUAGAGUAUAUCCUGAUAAUUCAAAUCAUAAUGAUUCUAUAAUACUUCCAUGUUUAUUAUGUAAAGCUAUUCAACAAUCUCCAUAUCAAUUAUUAAAUCAUUUAGAAAAUAUUCAUAAAAUCAAUUCAAAUCAAUUUACAAUUGAACAUAGAAAUCAUGAAAAUAUUCCAGGAACAAUAUUUAACAUUGAACGACAACAACAACAACAGCAAAUUGAUUCAUCAUUAAAACAAUCUAAUGUAAAUCAUAAAUUAAUUCAUACUGAUUUGUAUAAAUAUUCUAAAAAUUUUACAAAUUAUUUCAAUCUAUUUAAUUUUAUAUAUAAAAAUUUAUUUUAUUCUUAUCAUAAGAAGUUUGAUGAAAUGGAAACAAUCACAUCCAAUUAUUUCAUAUCACCUAAAUAUAUAAACAAUCAAUUAGUUCAUGAUGGAAAGGAUCAGUUAGUACAAGUUGAAUCAUUUUCUAAUGUUGAUCUUAAUCAAUUAAGUAUAUUGGAUGAAAAUAAUCAUCAGAAUAAUUCAAUAAAUGAAAGUGUUAUAUCCUAUGAAUUAUCUUUAGAUCAAAAUUCAUUUUAUUGUUUAAAUAGAGAUAAAAAGUCUACGAAACAAUACAAUAUAACUUAUAAUUCUAAAGAUAUUUCAAAGAAAACUUCUUAUCUGAAUCGACAUUUUAUUAAUCCAAUUAACCAUACUAAUAAAAAUAAUAAUACUGAGAUGAAAAAACAAUCAUCCAAAUUAAUAGCUCAUUUAAGACGUGAUAUAUGUGAAUAUUGUGGUAAAAUAUUUCGAAAUUGCAGUAAUUUAACUGUACAUCGACGUAUACAUACAGGUGAAAAACCAUAUCAUUGUAAUAUAUGCACAUAUUCAUGCGCUCAAUCAUCAAAAUUGACAAGGCAUAUGAAAAUACACAAUAAACAACAAAAAAUUUGCAAAUUAAAAACAUCUAAUUCCGAAUAUUCAGUGAAACAUUUAAAUAAAACAAAUAAUAAUUGUAAACAAUGUAAUAAAAGUUUAACAUCUCAUAAAUAUGAACGUCAUUUAGAAGCAUGUAAAUAUGUUAUUUGAUUACUGAUGAAAACAUGAGUAUACUAUUUCAUAGAUAAGAAACAAGUAUAAAAAAUUCUCCAUAAGUAAUCUGAAGAUAUCACUUGUACUAGAGGAAGAGUCGUUAAGUUCUUAUUUGAGCGCCAAUGUACUAUAUACGUUGUUGUAUUCAUUAAAACAAGGAUUGAUCAUUUUUCUUAUAAACUCAACUAUUUUUGUUUAAUUGUUUUACUACUUAUUUCGAAAUGAGUAGGCAAAACAAUAUAUAUAUUUGUAAUUUAUAUAUAGAUUUUAGUGAUCAGCAUUUACAGAAUGUUGUGAUUUAUUUUAUUUUAAGAUAGAAAAUUGAAAUUAGUUACUGUUUAGUAUCACACUUUAUAGGGGCAUAUUAAUCUAAUCUCAAAUGUACCAUGAUUUAUG